AUGGAUUUCGCAUCCUUGAUGGCCAAGGAAAUCUCCAAGGCCAAACCCGCCCCUGCGUCCCAGACAAGCGACAAGAAAUAUCUCCGCCGCGGUGAGGUCGAAGCAGCCCGCGUGGCCACCUACAACGAGGAGCAGGAGCGACUGCAGCGCGAACGCGAGGAUAAACAGGCCCAGAAACGCAAGAGGGAGGAUGAAGAGCACGAACGGCGGCGGGAGCGCGAGGAGAAGAAGACCCGGCUGGCAGAGGAGUCGCGCCGACGCCGGGAAGAGGAGGAAGCAGCAGAGGAGCGCGAGCGGCGCAAACGGCUCGGUCUGCCAGAGUUGCCUGCGAAAGAUGCCUCGAAGGACAGCGAGAAGGAAGGCACCCCGCUGGACGACAGCGAGGCAGACAUGGACGAUGAAGAGCUGGUGCAAAAACUGCGGGAGAUGAACCAACCCGCCCGCCUGUUCGGGGAGACACACCGCGGCCGGCUACGACGGUAUCGCCGGCUGCUGGCACCAGAGCAGAAGCUCUCGGCGGGCCCGAUCGCGACCACGCUGGAGCUGGUGCCGGAGAAGGAGAUGAAGGUCAACCCGGGCCUGCCCAAGGACGAGGAGGCGCGUCGCUUCCUCUACCGCCAGCUGGCGUCGUAUUUCUCCAUGGUCCUCGCCGAGUGGAAGGCCAUGCUCGACCGGCGGGACCUGGACGUUCGCGAGAGCUUCCAGGGCCGCCAGGCGUAUGCCGCCAUGGUCCAGUCGCGCGAGAACAUGAAGCCUCUUUUCCGUAAGCUCGAAAAGGGCGAGCUGUCCGAUGGCAUCCUCAAGCCCGUUGUUGAGAUCGUGCACAAGGCACAGCUACGGCGCUAUGUCGACGCCAACGAUGCAUACCUACGACUCAGCAUUGGAAAGGCAGCAUGGCCCAUCGGUGUCACCAUGGUGGGUAUUCACGAACGGUCGGCGCGCGAAAAACUCCAUGCAGCAGACCACCAGGCCCAUAUUCUCAGCGACGAGAGUACACGCAAGUAUCUGCAAAGUAUCAAGCGCUGUUUGAGCUUUGCCCAGGUCCGCUGGCCUCCGGAUGACCAGCUGCAGUUGAUGGGAUAA